AUGGCUGCUGUAAAUGUCACGCGGGUCACUGAGUUUAUUCUCGUGGGUGUUUCAGAUCAGCCAGACCUGCAGCUUCCUCUUUUCUUUGUGUUUCUCCUCAUCUAUGGGCUGACCGCGGCGGGAAACCUGGGCAUCAUUCUGCUCACCAGCAUCGACUCUCAGCUUCAAACUCCCAUGUACUUCUUCCUCCGACACCUGGCCAUCAUCAACCUUGGGGACGCUACUGUCAUUGCCCCUAAAAUGCUGAUCAACUUCUUAGUAACUAAGAAAAGCACCUCCUACUACGAAUGCGCCACCCAGUUGGGAGGCUUCCUGGUUUUCAUUGUGGCUGAGAUCUUCAUGCUGGCUGUGAUGGCCUAUGACCGCUACGUGGCCAUUUGCAACCCUCUGAUGUACAUGGUGGUGGUGUCCAGGCAGGUGUGCGUCCUGCUGGUGUCUCUCACGUACCUCUAUGGCCUGUUUACCGCGGUGGUAGUUACCUCUUGUGUGUUCUCUGUGUCCUACUGCGCCUCCAACGUCAUCAACCAUUUCUAUUGUGACAACGUCCCUCUAUUAGCAUUGUCCUGUUCUGAUACCUUCUUUCCACAAACCGUGGUCUUUACAUCCGCAGCUACCAAUUUGUUCUUUUCAAUGAGUAUUGUGCUGGUAUCUUAUCUCAACAUUGUCCUGUCUAUUCUGAGAAUUCGCUCCUCGGAAGGACGGAAGAAGGCCUUCUCCACCUGUGCCUCUCACAUGAUGGCUGUUACUGUGUUCUAUGGCACGCUGCUCUUCAUGUACCUGCAGCCUCGAGCCAGCCACUCCCUAGACACCGACAAGGUGGCUUCGGUGUUCUACACACUGGUGAUCCCUAUGCUGAACCCCAUGAUCUACAGCUUGCGGAACAAGGAUGUGAAAGCUGCAUUAAGGAGGUUCGGGGCAAACCCUUGCCAUUCCAUCGGGCAGAUGUAA